AGAGUAGAUUUGAGACGAGUUUACGCUUGCGCAAAAAAAAAAAAAAAAAAAAGAAAAAACCAACAGCUGAUGGGUGUCAAAACAAAACAAAACAAUAAAUAAUUAAUAAUAUAGUGUAAAACAAUUAAAUCAAUAAGUAAUCAAGUAUUUAAAAAUGGCUGAUAAAGAGGAAGAUAAUGUCCAGGUUGAAGUGACAACCGAAGAAAUAAAUAAAGUUCCUGAAGUUGAAGUUGAACAAGAAAGUCAAGACAAGCCAUCAACUGAAGUUAAUGAAGAACAACAAAUUGUUGUAAAAGACAAAACAAAAAUUGAUAUUCUGCUAAAAGCAACAGCAAAUGCACCAAUUAUGAAAAAAAAAAAAUGGGCUGUUGGACAUGAUCAGCAUAUAGGAUGGAUAUCAGAAUUUAUUAAAAAAUAUCUUAAACUAGAAGCAAAUGAACGUCUGUUUUUGUACAUUAAUCAGACAUUCGCUCCAGCACCAGAUCAAACAGUUAAAAAUCUCUAUGAUUGCUAUGGAUCAGAUGGAAAAUUAAUAAUCCAUUAUUGUAAAAGUCAAGCAUGGGGUUGACAUAUUCAUCAUGUCAAUUAUAUAAUCAAUUAAUUAUUACAAGUUAGAAUAUUUUAUACUUUUGUUUUCACAAUUCAUUGUGCUUUUAUAUUUGUGAUGAUGUUGUCGCAAGAACUGUCUCUUUUUUUGGAGAUUGUUUUUUAACUGGUAAAUUAACAACAGAUGAU